AAGGCUCACUGGUUCCAGUUAGCGCCUGAACGUACGUCGAAACGUCAGCACCAAAGUUAUAGAAAAGAAAAAAUCAAAAAAGCUAACUCAAAUCAUCAAAGAUCUUUGAACGCGAACUUGAACUUCAAAAUCAACCAUAUCGAGUUCGCCGAACUGAAGAACACAGACAGUCGUCGUGGGGCCACGUACCUCCCUUAAAACAUAUUUCUCGCAAACAAAAGUAAUAAUAAUAGGAACCAAACGAAGUCGAGAAGAAAGCAGAAGAGAAGUGAACAAGAAACAAAGAGAAAGAGAAAGAAAACGAAAAAGAAAACGGAAACGGAAAAGCGGAAAAAAGCGGGAUCACCAUGGAUACCCAGCUGGAUGCGCGGGUCCAAUUUCCGGCCUCGUUUCCGGAAACGUUCAAGAAUUUCUUCGACAUGAUGAACGAAGACGAGGACCAUGCAGAGCUCUUUGCCCACAUGCUGGAGGAUAAGGUAAUACCCAUACCGCGACCCAAGCCCAGAAAGAUGAACCCGCAGCGCGGACGCUGCGGUGGCAGCUUCCGAAGCAACAGCGCCAGCGGCCGCUCUGAUCGUGACGACAGCACCGAUCGCAGCUUCCAGUUUGAAAUGCAGCAGCAGCAGCAUCGCCAGCAUCUGCAGCAGCUUCAAAAUGCUCCACGCGGACGCCGCGCCAGCAUUAGUAGCGGUGGAGAAUUCUAUCGCGAAACAAGCGACAGUAACGAGCCGUCGGUCCACUACUCCUACUUGUCCCCCGGACGCAUUCACACGCUCCGCUCGACCCAUGACCGCAACGCUCAACACCAUAACAGUCCAGGCCUCAGCCAUACCGGCCUCGGGCCCAUGCUUUUGGGCACAAAUGUAAGUUCCAGCUCCAGUGGCACGAAUAUGCAACUGACGCCGGGUCCUGAAGGCGGCGGGGGCUUGGGCGGUGGCGGUGGCGGUGGCGGCGGCAAUGUACCGCCAGCAAGCGCCGACCAUCUCAGGCCAAGACUGCCUCAAGAGCAGCCAGGUAUCCCGCAAGAGUCGCCCCAAUCUUCAUUCCAUUCACAUCAUAAUUUACAGCUAGAGGUCAGCGCUGGUUCCACAAGUGGCUACACACCACCAUCAGUGGCCACCGGUGGAUCCUCAAGCGGCUAUCACCAUGCAUACGGGCCACAAAUGCAAGUACCGGCCCGGUCAGGAGCCAUCCGUCGCCAGCUGCCGGUUAAUGGGGCCAGCAGUGUAGCAGUAGCUAUCGAUGCGUUCGGGCGAAUGGAGCUGGAUGACGAGGAGCGUAGAAGCUGUACGGAUCGCAUCUUUGACGUCGCCUUCUCAUGGAUAUCUAUGUGUGUCUGCGCAGAUGCCGAGUGUAUGAAAGCGACAGACAGAUUUGACGAACCUACGCCUGCGUCCCGCCCAGAAAAGUCUUACAGCAACGGCCAGAAUCGCCCACUGUAUGAGAUGGAGCGUGCCGGGGUGGGUCACCAGCGGAUGCUGCCCAUACCGCCGGUCAACAGCAGACACAGCGGCGGCUUUCGAAACCGGCCCAUCGUAGAGGCGUGGGUCCAGCAGGAGAACGAUCGGAAUCUAAUACGAAGCUCCGCAGUCUCCGUGGUGCACAGCCAGAGUCGACAUGCGGACCCGAGGAACAUCGAAUCCGUGGGGGCCGUACAGGAUUGGCAGCAUCUGAGAAAUAUUGAAGCUCCGCCACCGCGAUACGAAGAAUAUAUUUUUGCUGCCCAGCAUGCAGGCGGCAGCCGGCAAGACCUUCGUCGUGGCUCCGCGGCGGAACCAAACAUGCAGCACUCGGUCCGGCGCUAUAUGCUACAAGAGGUUCAUCCACGCAGCUUGCAUAGCGUCGAGCACAGCAGAGAGCACGCGGAUGUAUCCAGGGUUUUGACCAUACAGCAAGCCAUGUGCGGAGCGGUUUCCCCGCAGUACGGCACCGUGGUCGACCACCCACCACCCUCAUAUAGCGAAGCGAGAGCCAUCGCUGGCGUGGUCCCCGUAAAUGAAAUGUCCAGCGGACUGGGAGCCAGUGGUUCGGUACCCGUAGAGGCAGGGUGCAGCACACCGAAACGCGCACGCCAAGUGCAUAUCGAGCGGGAGCCUCCCGUCGGCGCGGCAGCGGCAUACCCAGCGCGGGGACAACGGCAUAACAGCUCUGGCACCUUGUUGGUGCCGGUACUCAGCAACCGCGCGGCGCACAGCCAGCGAAGGAGAACAUCCAGUAUGCCGGCCGAGCGCCCCAGGGUGAGUAUGUCACUUCCUCUCUUGCCUCUCUCGUCCUCUCCUCCAUCUCUUCCAUCUGCAUCACUGUCGUCCUCUGCCUUUUCCCAGCCACAACGCGCGGAGGUGCGUCAGGCGGUGAAACAUGCAGAAGAUCAGGGCAUGGAGUACUACCGCCUGCGCAGUUUUAGUAUUACCUCGAACGGGGUAUGCAAUUUAGGGGACUCCCUGCGACGCCGCAGGUCACGCUCGAACAACUCAGUGACAUCGGGGGGUACCUCUUACAGCGGCAUUCGAUACUACAAUAGAAACGCAUCGGGGAAUAUCAUCGAAAGGGCCCUAUCACAGCAGACACUGUCCGGAGAGCCGCCCACCUUCAGAAUUGCUAUGCUUGGUAGUCCUGCGGUUGGGAAGUCAGCCCUAUCGUUCCAGUUUACCACCUCGGACCAUAUUUGCGGCUACGACCUAAGUCUUGAGAUGGAAUAUGGACAGAAGACGGUGUCUGUACUGGUGGAUGACGUUGAAUCGGACAUUGAAGUUGUGGAUCAUCCCGCCUGCGAAAUGUCGACGGAGGCUUUUUGCGCUACAUACGACAUCGACCUGUUUGUGGUCGUCUACUCUGUGCUGGACGUCUACUCGUUCCGGAAUGCGGAACGCGUGUUGCAUUAUUUGCGGGAAAACGACAUGCUGCUUAGCCGCGGCGCCAUAUUGGUGGGGAACAAGGCGGACCUGGAACGCCAUCGCGCUGUGCCCCAAGAGAUGGGCCACAAAGUGGCCACGGAGAUUCCCUGCAAGUUCAUCGAGACGUCGGCGGGGCUGUGCCACAAUGUCAAUGAGCUGUUGGUGGGUGUGGUGGCUCAGGUCAAACUGAAUCCCCAGCGCCUGAGCAUGCUCAGUCCGGCCGACCUGGAGCGCGUGAAUAUGCAGAGCAGCAUCCAAAACCACAGACGCAUGCACCUGGAGCGCCAACUGAGCAUGUGCCAGAGUGACCACGGGCUGGCUCCGGAUGCCGAAGACGACCCCAAUCGUCCGCACAUCAGUCUGCGAGACAUUCUGAAUGUGGGAGAGAGUGAUCUGGAGGACUCCGGGGAAACCUAUGCCCAGCGGCGACAUCGCCUCAUGACCCGGUUUGAAUUCCUGGCGGCCAAGAUCCGCAACGAAUCGGUGACACCGAUCAGCCCUGUUGGCAAGCGAUGCUCCAUCGGCGCCGCGACCUCGGACAAUAAGGUCGCGAGACUGCAGCGCCGGGCCAUGGACGACUCGCAUCUAGGUCGGCGCGUGUGGGCUCGUCCGGAGUGCAGAAAGCACCUGUCCCUCUUCAAUUGCAACGGCAGGGUCAAGAAGAUGACGGCACGCACCAAGACGUUUGUUUCGUCGCUGCUACGCUUCAAGGCAUCCCACUGGCUGAGUCGUCGCACCUCUUCCAGCUGCACCGAUCUCUUUGCGAUUUAAAUGGAUUGAUAGACAUAUAUAGAAAGUAGUGGGGCUUGGUGUGGGUUUUGCACGGAUAGGAGUUUUAAGGUAACGAAUAGACUGAUUUUACACAAAAGGCAGCAGAGCAGGAAACGCAACUACGGCAAAGGAAGGGAAAUAAAUCAAACAAAAAAUCAUCAAUUACGUACAAUAUUUGCCUUUUCGGUUGUUUCCAAAAACUCUCAGAACAUGGUCCGAUGGCACACCACUUUGGAUGCCUAAAUUGUAUCCCCUAUUGGACGAGCAGCUAACAAAAAUAUGAUGUCCUUCCGUUUACCCAAAAACACUCCAAUUGGCAAACAAUAGUACAUACAUACAUGUGUACCUAAUGCAAAUUCAACGCGGACAAUAUUUAUUAUUAUACAUAUUAUUUAUUAUUAUUAUAUGUAUAUAUUAUAUUACUAUUAUAUUAUACAUAUUACUAUGAUUACUAUAUAUUAUUAUGAUUAUAUUAUUAUUAUUAUAAGAAACGACCCUGACAACUUAAAAACGUGAGAGGAAACCCGAAAAUGGCACAAAUGACUGGCACGACCAGCUAAUACCGGACAUGACUAGGCAGCUUCUUUUUGUGAUGGGUGGACAAUCCCUUAAAAAGAAGAGCAGACAUCAGAAGCGUAACAAGCCACAGGAUCAGACAUAGAGCAAAUCCAAGGCCUAUAAAACUUGAAAUGAAACAGCUACCACAAAACAUUGCAACACGAAAACACAAUAUAAUAGCACAAGAAGAUUGAAAACACUGAAGGAGGAGUAAAUCUUGAAUUUUAUGCAGAGCAGUACAAGGGCUGUGCAGAGGCACAGCAGAUGGAAUUUUUUUUUUUUGAAUGCCCAAACAAAAAAUAAUAUAAAUAAAACCAAAGUAGACCCACGAGAUGCUACACAUACAGAGAAAAGAAACAAAAUCUUACACAACAUUAAAUAACGGGAAAGCCAAGAGAUGGUAAGAAAAUAGGAGAGAAAUAUUUUGCAAGAACCCGAAGAAACACACAAAAAAUAUAAAACAGCAGGCAAAAAAACACACUUGUAUCCGGGGGAAAGAAAUUAAAAAACUACAACAAAAAUUUUAUUUUUCAAGGCAUAGCAAAAGCAUGUUUGAGAAAUGAGCUCAAACCAUAUAUGCCAAGAAAAUGCAGAAAAUACAGCAGAAAGUUUUUUUUGAAGGGAAUUUUAAAAAAUCAUAUUCAAAUUAAAGAAUUCAACUAAUCUCUAACUAUAGUGCAUAAAUACAAACAAAACAAGGAAAGCAAAGUCAGAUGCUGGAAAAAAAAGAACAGCAGCGGGUUUUUUAAGUCGGUAAACUCCACAAAUAAUACCCAAAACACACAAUUCCCAGAACAGAGCUAAUGCACGGACAUAGAGUUGGGCUAAAACAAAUGAAAACGGUGAAUUUUUUUUUUAUAGAAACUAAGAAAAGUAUAUACUUAUCACAUAUUUGAACAUAUACUCAGAAAAACAGUUUAAUCGAAAAGAAAAAUGUUUGUGAAUCAAUGUAAUCAAUGUCUACAAAUAUCAAUGCGAAAUUUCUUAACUAAUAAUCUUUAUACAUAUGUACUUGAAUAAGAAUAAGAACGCAAAUCAAUGAGCAGGACAUCUAGAGAGCUGUCCGUUCCAACAUUCGCAGGACCUAGAGCAAUGGUGGACGAGGCUAUCAAGUGCAAUGUGAAUUCGGAACAGGAGCAAUGUUAAAACGGCGUUGGAAUAUAUGGCCACUUAGAUGACGAGAUUCCAAUAGCUCCGGACAGGACAGUGCAUAUAGUUGACAGCUCGUUGGCCAUAUCAAAUAUCCAAUAAUUAUCAACCCUACAUUACUCUUUAAAUGUAUUCGGUGUUGUGAUAAAAAGAAAAUACUUACAGGAGAUUCCAGUUUGAAAAAUGAGUAAAAGCAUGUUUAACCAGAUGGGGGAGAGUGACGACACAAUAACCCCAAAAAAAAAAAUCAAAAAAAGGCCAACCAAAAAAGUGUGGACAGUGCAACAAAAACAGCAAAUGACAGGGAAAAAGCGGAAGCAACGCAGAAGAGCAAAGUCUCCGUAUUGUUCUGGGGCUGCAGAUGAGACUGAAAAACGCCCGGAACGGAAUGUCAACAGAGUGAAUGCAGGGUACACAAGAAAGAACUUAAACAAAUUGAAUAUGAAUACACAGAGACGCAGAACAUACGAGUGUGCUUGUACUAGACUACUUCAAACAUUUGAAAUGCUCGUGUGUUGGGGAAGCUCCGACCAGACAGGACUGGAAGUACACUAGUUGGAAACGUGACUAUGUCUGAGCCACUGGAGGUGGCUACUUCCCAACUAAUACUUGUCACAACAUCAACAAUAAACGGGAAAACGGAGACGAGGAAAAAGCGGCAGCGCCAAUGAAAUCAAUAAUUUUUUAAUGUCCUCAAGAGAUGGAGUGUAUGGACUGUAUGACGGGUAAUCGGAAAAA